AUGGACGACUUUUUCCGAAACCAGCAGAGUCCCCGCGCCGACUCCCAAGUAACCGGCAGCGGCGCCUUCGUUUCGCCGCCACGCAACGGCAGCGGGCCUCUACUGCCGCGCCGGUUCACCACUGACUCCGGUCGUGUACCAACAUUGUCAACAAUUACCACUAUUCCCCGCGUCGCCCCCGAACCGCAAGACUUCGGUUCGACCACGCUAGAAAAAAAGAGGUUAGAUUACGAGCGGCUUCGGGAGCACAGGCGGCGCUUCGAGGCUGAGAUCCACAAACUGGACGCCCAACAGCGGCUAGAGGAGAGGGAGCUUCAUAAGAUGCAAGAGGACUUGGCUACUCGCUAUGGAGGGCAUCAGUCAGAGCCGACAACGCCCCCGGAGUACCGCGAAACCAGCGGUUUCCCUUCAAUCUUCUCCAGGCCGAAUCGCUAUUCCACUUCGAGUCUUGCAUCCCCGCCAGGUAUCUUCAACCGCCCAGGUCGGUCCGGCUCACUCCUCACCUCGCCGCUUUCCGGCACUCUGCCGUCCCGAUUCCCCUUUGACGACCCCUCCCACUCAGUGCCGAGCUCAAGAAGGAACAGUGAUGAGGACGAGAAAGAGGAGGCUGUUCGUCAGGAUCCCACAAGCCAUCGUUCAACCAACGCACUCAACCGAUAUUCCAUGCCCGUCACCCGGUCCCGGACGUACUUGACCGAUAUUGGCCUUGAAGACAGCAACAACACGACCGGUUUUCUGUUUGGAGACGAGGACUCGACCCCCGCAGAGGCUAGAACCACUCCCACGGCCCAGGUUGGCAAUUCGGACUCGUUCCCAUCCUUAUUCCGGCAGCAAGCAUAUCCAAGCAUGACUUCUUCUGCUUCUUCCGCUGCCCCCGACCUCACCCUCUCUCAAACCUCUGGGCCUGAACAUCAUCCUUCAAACGGCUGGAGCAGCAUUAACAAGCAUCGCCACCAGCAGAAUAUGUCCACCAUGGGCCCCACCACCCAGCACAACGGUGGUGCCUCGCUCGGUUCGCCGUCCGAGACCGGCACCAUCGGCAACACCCGCCCGGCCAAUGUCCGGCACUCGAUCGACGGCAUGAAGCUCUUCCCGGAGACUACGACUACGGCAAUGGAUGCACCGGCUACCUCGGUUGUCUCGGCUCCCAAUGCCCACAUCAUGGCUUCCCCUCCGAAGCUGCACCAGUCCUAUUCGGCCAACGACGUGCCGACUGUUAAGCCCAACAGCACUGCUGGUCUGGGUGUUAACGCGAACAACCACGCCCAGCAGCAUUUCCACAACCACAAUGCCAGCAUCGGCCGUAUCCCCCACGGCGCUAUGGCCGGUCGUCAUAACCGCGAGCUCUCGUCGGACGCCUCCGCGGCUAAUGGCCGUGAGUCUUCCAGCUACCCCUCCAUCACGUCGACACUGCACGCCAACGCGGCACCGUUCGGCCCCACUCCCGCCCAGUCUCAGCACUCUUCUUCUGCCGUGGCGCCGGCAGUGACCGCGCCCGGCCCCGGGAUGCCGUACCAGUACUUCCCUCCGAACACCGGCUACAAUGCCAUGACCGGUCCCACACCCGCUGGCUACAACUCCCUCCCAAUGCUCAUGCAGAACAUGGCAGUUGCCAACGGCAAUCCUCCGGCCAUGUAUUCGCAGCAGAACUUUACCGGCUAUAACCCGCUUUACAACCAGGCGCCGGCUCCUCGCCCGCACCAGGACAGCCAAGCACGCGUCAUUCAGAGCCGCCGCCAGAUGGACAGCGAAGCCAUGGCCCGGUUUAACAAUCUGCCGCUUGAACAGGUCGGCGGCACCAUCUACUCUCUCUGCAAGGACCAGCACGGUUGCCGCUACCUGCAGAAGCAGCUGGAGAAUCGCAUCCCAGACCAGAUUCACAUGAUCUGGCUUGAGACCAACCAACACGUGGUGGAGCUGAUGACCGACCCCUUCGGCAACUACCUCUGCCAGAAGUUGCUCGAGUAUUGCAACGAUGACGAGCGCACUGUCCUGGUCCAGAACUCCACGUCGAACAUGGUGACGAUCGCCCUGAACCAGCAUGGUACUCGAGCCCUCCAGAAGAUGAUCGAGCAUGUGACCACGCAGGUUCAAAUCAACCUGAUCGUUGAGGCCCUCCGCAACCAGGUCGUCGAGCUCAUCCAGGAUCUCAACGGCAACCACGUCAUUCAGAAGUGCCUGAACAAACUAAGCGCUGCCGACGCUUCUUUUAUUUUUGACGCUGUUGGCAAGCACUGCGUCGAGGUUGGCACUCACCGCCAUGGCUGCUGCGUCCUCCAGCGCUGUAUCGAUCAUGCCGACGGCGCCCAGAAGAUUUGGCUCAUUGAGCGUAUCACCGACCAUGCCGUCACCCUAGUGCAGGAUCCCUUCGGCAACUAUGUGGUCCAGUACAUCAUCGACCUCAACGAACCCACUUUCACGGAGCCCCUUGUCAAGCAGUUCCAAGGCCGCAUCGGUAUGCUUUCCAAGCACAAGUUCAGUUCCAACGUCGUUGAGAAGUGCUUGCGCUGCGCUGCUGAGGAAUCUCGGGACAUGAUCGUUUCGGAACUCUUGACCCCCGGCGAGAUUGACCGCCUGCUUCGCGACUCGUUUGGCAAUUACGUGAUCCAGACCGCCCUCGACUACGCCACGCCCAUGUCCAAGCACCGGCUCAUCGAGGCCAUUCGCCCGAUCCUCCCCAGCAUUCGCGCGACUCCCUAUGGCCGCCGCAUCCAGGCCAAGAUCCAGACCCACGAUACCCGUACGGGCCCGAACAACACCGGCCAAGUGCUGCCCACCGACCCGGCUGGCGGUCAAAUCUCGAUCCGCCCGACCCAUAACCGUGCCAUGCCCAAUGGCGCCUCCAUUCUCGCCACCGGGGCUUACUCCAACGGCGGUCACGGAGCGGGCGGCAUGUACCCGAACAGCUCGGUUAUCGCCGUCCCUGCUCCCCAGAGCCAGGGCCCCCUACAGGCGCCGCGUCCACAGCAGUUCCCGCCUCAGUACAACGGCCCCAUGGGGAACGCUGAGAACGGCGAGGCCCAGUGGGUCUAA